AUGGCUUCGGAAAAUUUGGAUAUGAUUGGAAACUUACCUGAAAAUCUUCUUACAAACAUUGUCUCUCUCCUCCCAUUCAAAGAAGGUGCAAGAACAUGUGUUUUAGCCAAGCGUUGGCGCCACAUUUGGCGAUCAUCUAAACACAUCGGCUUCGACCAGCAACUGUCAGCAAAUCCGGACGACGAGUUUGUCGUGAAAGGAAGCAACCAAGAUCAAAUCAGAGGCAGUUUCAUGAAUUUGGCACCAAGUUGGAUCGAAAACUAUUCUGAUGAUGCUGCUUCUAUAGAUAAGUUUUCUCUUACAGUUUCCACACCACAAACUUAUCUGGAACAUGUUACACAAUGUAUUUCUAUUUGCAUCGAAAGAGGAGUGAAAUUUAUUUGGCUUGAUUUUUCUGACUCAAAUUGGAAUGAAGACGACGGCACCAUCCACGAAGCGAAUUUCCAAUUGCCUUUGGAUUUUUAUGAUCAUAAGACUAUUGUUUCUCUUAAGUUGUUUUCAUGCAGUUUUCUUGGUUCCGAGUUCGAUUCUUUCGACUGUCUGAAGGAACUUUCCUUGGGGUGGAUUAGACUAUCAUCUUUAACUCUCAAGGCUUUGAUUCAGAAAUGCGAGUUCUUGGAAAUUUUGAGUUUAAAGAAGUGCUGGAACAGCGAGGCUAUUGAAAUAACUGGACCAAAUUUGAGGCUUCAAAGUCUAACUAUAGACAAGUGUGAUGUUAUUAAUAAAUGGAUAUUCAUUGUGGCACCAAAUAUGAAAAUUUUCAAGUACUCUGGUGAAAUUUGCACUUUUGAGAUGGAGAGAACAUGGAAUAUAGAAGAGGCUGAACUUGAUUUUGGGGUUGAAUCUGAAUUUUCUGAACUUGGCGAGAUUCUUCAAAAUUUACUAAGAGAUCUUUCUGAAGCCAAGACUUUGACGGUUUGCAGUUACACACUUCAGGUACAUAAGUCUGUAACAUUCCUCUUUAGUUUUUUUUUAAUAAUGUUUUCAAUAUUACUAUCAUCUAAAAGUAGUAUUGUUUGGUUUCAGGUCAUUCCUUCCACGAAUGAACCUCUUGGUCUCAGACAUUGUUUGGAAGUCAGACAUUUGAUCCUAAAGACUGCAAUGCAUGAAAAUGAACUUUUCGGGGUCAUGUUUUUGCUCAAGAGUUUUCAUUGCCUAGAAACUCUUACAAUUGAUGUAAACCCUGAUAGAAAAAUUCUAACGGGUUAUGAAUCUCCUUUCAAGGAGCGUUGGACUCAGUAUGUACAAGUGUACCCAUGCGUUAAGAAAACUCUAAAAGUGGUUGAGGUAAAUGGUUUCAGGGGAGAUCAUAAUACAUUUGUGCUACUGAGAUAUUUUGUCAAUUUUGGUGCUGUAAUGGAAAAACUGAAUAUUAAAGUUACAGAAGAAGCGGGCCAUGGUGGAUCUUCUGAAGUGGGCCUUCAUAAGACCCAAAUGUUGCAAAAUAUCGAAAAAGCUUCGCCGCGUUUGCAAAUUUCAGUCUCUCAAGUUGAUUAG